AUGGCGGUGGCUAAGUGGCGUCGUUCUCGGCUGGAUGAACGCCGCCGUGAUUUACAGCCGAAAUCCAUGGCGUCCGUACCUCGCUCUCCCGCAGCCAUGGACUACCACUCCCCUCCUCCAGGCAAUGAGGCAACCGCCAGAUUUGGCACUGAUCCAAGCUGUGAAGAAAGAAUCAGUCGCGAUGGCACCGUUGAUAUCGACGUGGAACUCUACAAGCUGGUCCACAAUAGUGAUAGUGACAUCGACAUUGUAUUUGCACUUCUGAUUUCUGAUUAUGCUCUUGCUCAGAAAGGUAAUAGCUUAGACAUCUAUUCCUUUUAUUUUGUGCUUAUACUGAUUCAUAUGGAUUCUGAACUGGCAAGAAAGAGCUCUUGCAGGACAACCUACCGUGCUCCCCUGGGUCAAACCCUGGACUGGACAGCAAAAACACCCUCUUUACCGGUAAAUUCCAACAACGAGGCCAGGUCAGGGUCCAUCACAUAUCUCAAGGUCCCAGCAGUAGAAAUAGAACAACAGUAA